GUGCGGAAGUUUUAAUUCAGCCAACGGUGGAAUAGGACGGGACGGACCAAGUGGAUUGCAUGGAGUAAUGCCCAAUCAUCGAAUGAUGAGUCGCAUGCCCAUGAAUUUUAGUAAUUUUAAUGUUUCAUCCAAUAUACAAGUUAGGACCAGGACUCCGAAUACCAUACAGUAUAUGCCAAUACGCGCUCAAAGCAAUAAUAAUAGUAAUAUACGUGUUCCACCAAGUCUGGAAUUCUUACGUUACGCAAACCCGCAAAUGGCCGGUGCUGGUAAUAUCAUGGAUAAUGGUCACAUAGGUCAAGGAAAUGCGGGUGCAUCCGAACAAAGUAAUAUAAGUAAUUGCAACAAUGGACCAGCAAAUACGGGAAAUACGA